UUCAUUAGUUGUUCUCCAUUCAAACUGUACUACUCUCCCCGUCCUACAAGCCUUCUCCACAGAUCUUUGCUACAAGCUUUCUCCACAAAUCUUUACUAUACUUCCGCAAAUCUUCUGAUUUCACUGGCCUUGGGCUUUUUGGUUCUGUAUUUUGCUUCAAUUGGGUUCUGCAUUCUGAUUUAUGUAUUUUCUCUUACCCUAGGGUUCUAAUUGAUUUAACUGGAUUUGAUGCUUUGGGUGCUGCUUCCAGGUUCAAUAUUGCCGUUCGAUUUCUAUCUAAACAUUGGGGUUUCUGAUUGUUGGGUUCUUGGUAGGUGAGUAGAACUACAUGAUUUCUUUCUAAUAAUUUCAUUGAGGAACAAAGACUUAAGCUGCUUGACGAUACGAUUCUCCUUCAUACUCGACCAAAGCAACAGAAAUAUAAUGGAGAUGAUUACAAUGGAGCUAGAUUGUCAGUAGAGCUCGCGAGCUUCGGGAUGCAGUGCAUGGAAUGUUGUCACAAGUGGACCCUGCAUUAGCUGACUUUUAUGAGAAAAUUUGUGCGGAAGGCGGUCCAGUUUCCUUGCCUGAUGACUUGGGGGACUCUUUAAUCUAUCAAGCUCAUGUUGUUCAGAUGGAAACUAUGACUAGAGCAAGUGCCCGUCUUCGUAAUGUCCAGCCAGAGGUUAAUCUGGAUCAGAGAUAUGAAGCCCUGAAAUGAACAAAGAAAACUUCUAAUGUUGCACCAACAGGUAUUACUCCCAGGCAGGUGCUAUUAGGCUGUUGAAAAGGUCCUUCCUCGGCUAAAUGGUAAAUUGUCCGGCAUGUGCUUGAGAAUUCCAACUGUGGAUGUCUCAGUUGUUGAUCUUACUGCCAGGCUGGAAAAGAAGGCUACUUAGAAUCAAAUUAAAGACGCUAUCAAAGAGAGAAGACGCAUCGGAGAGAGACGACGGCGAGUUUCUUAGCUGGAGAGAGAACAACGUGGCUUUCGACUACAGAUUUACGCAUACUUGAAGGUGGAGAUUUGGUUAUUACUCUGUUCGAUUGUUCUUCUUUUAUGCGAUUGUGCUAUGGACUUGAAUUCAGGUUUUGGUGAUAAGAUUGCUCAAAACUUUGAUGCUAAUACAUUGCCUAUGGAUGUUGUGGCUAUAGAAGAUGAUGAUUUGUCUUCGCGUAAAUAUGUAUCUCCAGGUUCUACAACGUAUUGGUUGCCUUGUAUGGUUGAUAGUAAACCUAAUGUUGGAAAAUCGUUUAGGAGUAUAGAUGAGGCUGCGUAUUUUUAUGUUGAUUAUGGUCGUUCUUGUGGAUUUGAUAUUAGGCGUGGUAGUGAGAAGCGAUAUCGAGAUGGACGUAUUCAAUCGAAACAUUUUCACUGUUCACGAGAAGGCUUUUAUUCUAAAAAUGGUGAGAAGAAUGAUGAUGGCUCAUUUUGUUCAAAACAAAAGAAGAAAAGUAUGUUUACUAGAUGUGGAUGUCCUGCUAUGAUUGUGGUGAAACAUACGAAGGGUUCAAUAUAUGAGAUUACUUCGUUUAUUGAACAACAUAAUCAUAGGUUUUCUAGUGCUGAUGGUAAGAAGUUUUUGAAGGCAAACCGGUCAAUGACUGUUGCACAUCAAAAUUUUGCAAUUGAUUGUUUAAAAGUCAGAAUAGGUCCUGCUCGUGCGUUUGGUUUAAUGAAAGAGUUUGUUGGAGGGUAUGACCAGAUUGGUGCAACAGUUGUUGAUUUUAAAAAUUGGAAUAGAGACUUGAAGAACAUAAUUGGGAAUGCAGAUGCACAAGUAAUAUUGAAUAAAUUUCAAGCUUUGAAGGAUUCUUCUAAUGGCAGAUUCUACUAUGAACAUGAUGUGGAUGAGUCUGGAAAAUUGACAAAGUUAUUUUGGGCAGAUUGUGUUGGUCGUAGAAACUAUGAUGUGUUUGGUGAUGUUAUUUCAGUAGAUGCCACAUUUAGUACUAACAAGUAUAACAUGGUUUUUGUUCCAAUCUGUGGUGUUGACAAUCAUAGAAAGUGUGUAACUUUUGGUGCUGGUCUACUUUCAAAAGAAGAUAUAGCUCAUUACAAAUGGAUUUUUCAAGCUUUACUAAAUUGUAUGGGGCGACAUCCAUUAUGCAUUUUGACUGAUCAAUGUGCUGCAAUGAAACAAGCAAUCGUUGAUGUGUUUGAUAAAGAAAAGACAAGGCAUCAUCUUUGUAUGUGGCACAUCAUGAAAAAAUUUCCAUCCAAGGUUGGUGUGGUAUUGGCAAUGGAUGGUGGAUUUUUAUCAAAGCUUAAACCUUUUGUAUGGGGUGAAAAUUUGGAUAUAUCUGAGUUUGAAGCUGGUUGGAAAUCUUUGAUGGAUGAGUUUAAGAUGACUGACAAUGAGUGGUUGUGUGAUAUGUAUGAAUGCCGACAUUUAUGGAUUCCAGCAUAUUUCAAAGAAGAUCCUUUAUUAGGAAUAUUACGGACAACGUCAGAAAGUGCAAAUUCAUUUUUUAGUCAUUAUCAUCAACCUGGUGAUACUCUAUCUCAGUUUUAUCUACGUUUUGAGACUGCAAUGGAUAAGCAACGUAAUAUUAAUUCAGACUUGAAUCAUUAGUCUAAUGUUGCGUUCCCAAGUACUGAUACAGAACUAUUUUUGGAGAAGGAUGCUGCAGAGUUAUACACACGUGAAAUAUUUUAUAAAUUCCAGGAAACAAGUACGAGAUGCUUGUUUCCAUUUGGUAAUAAAGGAUAUCAGUGGUGUUGAAGUAAAGAAGUUUGUUUUACAUGAUCUUAAAGCUGCUAAAGAAUUUCAGGUUUUGCACAUUUUGGAAAAUCAUAAACCUGAGUGUUCUUGUAGGAUGUUUGAAAGAAUUGGUUUGCCAUGCAGUCAUUUGAUUCUUGCAUUAAAGCAAGUUCCUGUGCACAAGCUGCCAAGGCAUCUUGUUCUGAAUAGAUGGAUGAAAAAUGCUGAGAAAAAUGCAACAAGAUUUGUUUCAAGCACAUCAAGUGAUGAUAAAGAGAAAUUUAGUGUUAUUGUGAAUGAUAUUUGGUUUGAUUUCAAUUCGUGUAUGGGGUUGGCUGGUGACAAUAAAGAAGCACUUGAUUUGAUUCAAAGUUGUCUAAAAGAUGUAAAAAAGAAGUUACGUGGUUGGAAAUUUGAAGGGAAGCUAGUUGUGGGAAACAAGAAAGAUGUUGUUGAAAAGUUUAUUGGAUCAGAGAUUCCAGUUAACAUUGAAGUCAAAACUCCAAAUCAAUGUCGGAACAAAGGGUGUGGAACAAAGAGAAUUAAGAGUGCCGCUGAAAAAUCAACUAUACUUUCUGGUAAACUAAAGAGGAUUUGCAGGUAUUGCAAGACAGAAGUUUAUCAUGACUUUAGGAAUUGUCCUGUAAGAAAAAUGCAAAAUUUGGAUGAGAAUUCUGCUGGGAAGAAGAAACAAAAACAAAGUACAGACAACAGUGAAAGUGGCAUGGGUGACAAUGUUGAACUCUAGUUUUUGUAUAGUUGAAUAUUUGUUAUUUUGAAAUUUUGUUAAAAUUCUUUGUUGAAUUGUUAUAUAAAUAAUGUUGAACACAUAUACUUUCAUUCUUGAAUUUCUAUAUAAAUAAUGUUGAAUACAUAUAGUUUCA